AUGACGUACCUACAACUAUAUAAAGCUAUACUCGAAGGCAACCUGAAUUCUGUAAAAGAAAUCCGUUCAACGGAUAACUCUUCGUUAGAGGCCAGGAUCACGAAGAACUUGGACACAGCUCUUCAUGUAGCUGUAGCUGUUGGGACAGAAGAGGCGAAUUGUAUUGUGGAGUAUCUGUUGGGAGAGAUGUCAACAGAUCAAGUAGCACUGAAAAAUAAAGAGGGCAACACGGUCCUUUCCAUUGCUGCAAUUGUUGGCAAUUCCCAAGCAGCCAAAAUGAUAUUGAAUAUGAAUAACCAUCAAUAUAGCAAUUUAACUGAAGUUCCAAACAAUUCUGGAAGGAUACCCUUGAUUGAGGCUGCUCGCCAUGGCCAAAAAGAUAUGAUUGAACCUUUGGGUACUAGAAAUUAUUUGAACAAUGUUGCCGCAACUGAUUACGAUAGUGCCGUCCCUUUCAUAAAUUCGCUUAUAAUUGCUGGAUUUUAUGACGUGGCACUAGAAUUGCUUCAAAACUAUCCAAGUUUAGCCACAAUGCAGUCAUCUACUGGCGAGUCCGUUUUGAGUGCAAUAGCAGGAAAGCCGUCUGCGUUUCCAAGUGGACAAAGAAAGCUAAGGUGGUGGCAAUACCUCAAUGUUUUAAGAUUCCCAAUUAUAAAAACAGAAGACAAGAGACACGAGAGACAAUGUUAA